AUGGAUGGAAAGGAUAGAAUAACGGAAUUUUUCAAUAGACGUCACAAGGAGAGGCAGACUAAUUUAGCUAAUUUGCAGGAAUUGCGUAGCAAGGAAGCCGCCGAAUAUGAGGGUUUGGAGUAUUUUGAGCAGGUUUUUGGUACGAAAACACGGGAGAUUCAGAAAAAUUUGAAUAAUUUGCAACCAGGCGAUAGAACGCAACUCACGGGGACUUUCAAUAAGAUCCUCGGGAGUAUUCAAGAGCUGCAAAAGUACUUGUCAACAUCGACAAUUUUCCUCACAGAGCACAAAAUUAAAACGUGUCAGGGCACGAUAAAUGACCUACAGGCGCAAGCGGAGGAGAAGCGCACCAGGUUGAUUCCCAAGAAGAAAUUUGGCUUUAAAUCCUACACAAAACCCGAAGUUUUGAUUGAGAAGAGUGAAAAUGGGGCAAAGAAGCCCCUUGAUGAGCUCGAUGGGCUGAAGGGGCGUCAGGUGUUUCAGUGGACGGUUGAUGGGAGGAGAAAUGAGGAAAUUCUUCUCGAUGGCUCAGCUACAAAUGGGCAGGAUAUCACGCUGAAUGAUCUGGAGAAUUGCUUGGUGCGUAUUGUGGGGCAUCCGGGAUCCAUUCAGUUGUCAAAACUGAAGAAUUGCGUGGUGUUGGCGGGUCCAGUGGCACGAUCUGUCUUUGCUGAUGAUUGCCACAAGUGCAAGUUUGUCUUUGCGUGCCAGCAAAUGCGCCUCCAUACCUCCCACACCUGUGAUAUCUACCUCCAUGUCACGUGCCGUGGAAUCAUUGAGGAUUGCGCCGAAAUCCGCACGGCAGCCUACAACUUCUCCUACCCCAACAUCCACGCGGACUUCCACAAUGCCGGACUCGACGUUGAGCGUAACAAUUGGCAGGAUUUGGCGGACUUCAAUUGGCUCUCACCCGAUCGUCCGUCGCCGAAUUGGAAGAAAAUGGAUCAGCAGGGACUCAUUGAGCACUGGGAUGCCUUCCUGGAGCAAUUCAGGAAGGAGAAUUCAAUACAUAGUCACGUGUAG